AUGCUGGCUGGGUACAGCCUCCUGCCACCCCCUGUGAGCCUCCUGACGCCCCUGGUCUCCCCACCCUACGAGGUGCCGCUGGGGCUGCCCACAGAGCCAGGUCGGGCGAAGGCAGCGGCAGCGCGGGAGAGCACCGGGGCACUGAAGGCCUGGCUGGCACGGCACCCCAGGAACCCCUACCCCAGCAAGGGGGAGAAGGUGAUGCUGGCUGUGGUCAGCCGGAUGAGCCUCACCCAGGUCUCCACCUGGUUUGCCAACGCCCGCCGGCGCCUCAAGAAGGAGAACAAGGCAGGCUGGGCCGCGCGCGGCGCCUCGGACGGCGAGGACAGUGAGGGAGAGGGGGUCCCACCAGCUGCUGAACCCAUUCCCAGUUCCACCCCCGUGCAGGAUGGGCGUGGGGGCAGCCCUGAAGUAGGGCCAAGCCCUGGGCAGGGCAAGCAGCCCCAGAAACCCAAGAUCUGGAGUGUGGAGGCGAUGCUGGCAUCUCCCCCUGACAAGGACGGGUGUCCACCGGGAUUGCCAGUGGUCCCAGAGCAGGCAUAGAGCUGGGGUGGUCAUGUCCUGUCCCCAAGGGCAUGGCAGGACAGACAGACAUGGGACCUGGCGGCUGCUCAGCCAAGAAGAGUGGGAGAUGUGGGCAGGGAGGGACACAGUGAUAAUAAACGCGACUGUCUUGGGCCUCCUGGUGUUGCCUGUCUGGUGUGGGUGCUGCUGGGGGUGCUGGCAGGGAUGUGGCGUGUGGUCGGG